AUGAAGAUUCAAUCUUAUCGUUUAGCUUUAGAACUUUUUAUUCAUAUCCAUUUACCAUCAUUUAAUGAAAUUCAUUAUACAGGUGCAAUCCGUGAAAAACAUUGUUCAUCAUUUGGUUCUUAUCUUGUAAAAGGAUUACAAAACAUUAGACGACAUGCAUAUACCUGUACUUUUAAAAAUCCAAGUUAUAAAGAUGUAUUAAUUCAAUGGAUUGAUGAAUUUCUUAAAACACCUGACGCUAUUCAACAAUGCAAUGAAUGGUAUAAAUCUAUAGGAGCAUGUGAUGAAGUUCUUUUCCAAUGUAUCCCAUUCAUUUUAUUACAAGCACGACUUUCUCAAGUUCUUGAAGGGUUUGUAUGGGUUGAUAGAGUCUUAUUUAUGAAAGAAUUUUGUUCUUCUGUAAGUUGUAGAAGAUUAUUUCAUCCAUUUAUUUCACCACGGGGUAUUUGUAUAGUGGCACAUAAAUAA